GCUUCUUGUUGUUGGAUUUCUCAUUGUGCAAAGAUCCAGAAGAAGCUAGAGAGAAGGAAACGAACAAGAAACGCGUCUGGAUUUAACAGUUGUAGAGAGAAGGAAGAAGAUGGUGCUUCCGCAAGAUUUGAUAACUGAAAUCCUGUUAAGAUUGCCGGUGAAGUCUCUAGUUCGUUUCAAGAGCGUGUGCAAGUCAUGGCUUUUUCUGAUAUCUGAUCCCCGCUUUGCAAAAUCACAUUUUGAACUAGCUGCAGCACUUGCAGAUAGAAUUUUGUUCAUUGCAUCUUCUGCUCCUGAACUCCGGUCCAUAGACUUCAACGCAUCACUUCAUGAUGACUCUGCCUCUGUUGCAGUAACGGUGGACCUUCCUGCCCCCAAACCCUAUUUUCACUUUGUUGAAAUAAUAGGUUCCUGCAGAGGCUUUAUACUUUUGCACUGUUUAUCCCAUCUUUGUGUGUGGAAUCCAACCACUGGUGUCCACAAAGUUGUACCCUUGUCACCUAUUUUUUUCAACAAGGAUGCGGUGUUUUUUACGCUUCUUUGUGGUUUUGGAUAUGACCCAUCAACAGAUGAUUACUUGGUGGUUCAUGCAUGCUACAACCCAAAACAUCAAGCAAACUGCGCCGAGAUUUUCUCACUCAGAGCUAAUGCGUGGAAAGGAAUUGAGGGUAUCCAUUUUCCUUAUACCCAUUUUCGUUAUACCAACAGAUAUAACCAAUUUGGGUCGUUCUUGAAUGGUGCUAUUCAUUGGUUGGCUUUUCGCAUUAAUGCAUCAAUUAAUGUUAUUGUUGCCUUUGAUUUGGUGGAAAGAAGUUUUUCAGAGAUGCAUCUGCCAGUUGAAUUUGAUUAUGGCAAACUUAAUUUUUGUCAUUUGGGGGUACUUGGAGAACCGCCUAGUCUAUAUGCUGUUGUGGGGUACAACCAUUCAAUAGAAAUGUGGGCAAUGAAAGAAUACAAAGUGCAGUCGUCUUGGACUAAGAGUAUUGUUAUUUCUGUUGAUGGCUUUGCUAUUCGGUCCUUCUUUCCGGUAUGCUCUACAAAAAGUGGUGAUAUUGUUGGAACAAAUGUCAUACCUGGAUUGAUGAAAUGUAAUGACAAGGGAGAACUGCAAGAACUUCGAACCUACUGUGAUAGUCCAUAUCCAUCCGAGGUGGCUGUGUAUACAGAGUCUCUAUUUUCACUCCCUUGUGAUAGUAAGUGAGCAAGUUGAAGAAGAUGAUUAGCAACAGCGAACAAGAAGAAUUAGCUUGUAAAAUAUUUUCUGACACCUUUAUUAUACUUUUGAUACUCAUUUUAUAUUAUGAUUUGUGACUUCUUCUGCUAUUUCAUCAUGUUCUGUUUUAUGAUUAUUCCAACAUGAUGUUAUUACCGUUUCAUUGUUUGCAAUUUAUAUCCUUCCAUUCU